AUGGACACGGAUUCCGACCAAGAGAGCUCUAUGGGCGACUAUGGUGUAGCAGGAGUGAACUUUGGGAUAGGAAUUCCGGAUGAAAUAUUUAAUAAUGAUCUGCCUUCAAGCGACGAAGAGCUGUUACUAACUCUGGACUUGGAAACCUUGCAACAGCUGACCAUGGUAAACGAUACGGCGAGCACAGAGUCAGAGGCGAUGCCUGCUAACACAGGGGUAGGGGAUGUUUUAACUACCUACGAGGAAAUUAAAAUAACAGAAGAGUUAAAGAGACCAGCGAUCUUGGAUACAUCACCAGAAACACCAGCACCCCCCCAAAAAAGGUUUAAAACCACCACAGCAGAGGAAAUGGAAGGCUUGUUUCAGGCAAGACAGGCCCCAACUACAAAGAAAAACACCGCCUGGGCACUUUGCAUUUUUCAAGAAUGGAGUGUGGAAACGUAUGGCGAAGACAUGAAUUUUGAAUCCGUGGACCCCGGAACCCUAUCCCAGCACCUCAUGAUUUUUUUUGCCGAGGCGAGGCCUGCCCCCAAAAAAGGACAGAACAACCCUGAAGCUGUGUACCACAAAAACGAGUUGAUAAACAUAAGAGGGGCAAUAAAUCGCCAUUUAAGUAACUUACACAGGAACAUAGACAUUGUAAAAGAUAAGGAAUUCAAGACAUCCAACGGGGUUUUGGAUGGCCUGCUAAAAGAGCGUGUGCGACAGGGCAUUUCAAAACCGACAAAACACAAGGAAAGAAUUGAUGUCGAGGACAUAGAAAAAGUCUCCACUUACCUCAGUAAAGGUGCCUCCUCCCCCAUUAUCCUAAGGCAAAAUGUGUGGUGGAAUUUGACUGUCCACUUUGUAAGUCAUGGGGGCGAGUUUCACCAUCAGUUACGCACCAACUCGUUUGAUUUCCACAAUGACCAAUCUGGGGAAUAUGUGACACUAAACUUUGAAACAGUUGAAAAAAAUCACCAGGGCGGGCUAAAAGAUGCAGAAUCUUCGUACGAAAAACGCAUGUAUUCCACGGGGUCAGACAGCUGUCCUAUCAAAAUGUUGAAACUCUUGUUAGAGAAAACCGAUCCACAGGCGUCAAAUCUAUUUAAUCAGUACAAUAAGAAAGCAAUGGAAAAUCCCAUGGAAACUGUCUGGUUUGUCAACAAACCAUUGGCCAAACGCACAUUUCUGAAUAUGAUGCAAGAAAUCUGCAAAUCAGCGUCCGUUGAAAAAAAAUACACGCCGCACUGUUUGAUGGCUACCGCAAUCCAGUGUCUCAGUGACGAAGGGUUCUCGUCCAAAUACAAAAUGUACAUCGUGUUCAUGAGUAAUCACAGAUGUGAAGCUAGCCUCCGCUCAUAUUCAAGAAACGUCNAUGAUACAAUUGGAAGCAUGGUCCCUCUACAAAUAGAACACAAUACAUCUCCAUCACACACGCAGGCAUAA